GAUUUCGAGUCUCAUGCGCCGCGCUGCUCCGCGGAGAGGGGCCAAGGCCGCUGGCGCUCCCAAGCGCGGCAGGUCCAGUGGCGCGGCUGCUGCUGCGGCUGGCCCCGAGGACGGAGGCUCUCGCAGCAGGGAGCGCAGCCCAGGGUCGGAGGUUGAGGAGGAGCGUGGCCGCCAGCGCAGCGUCAAGGUAUUGAAGACGGCCUCGGAGGGGCCAAAGGCGAUUGGCAAGCUUCGCACCUGCGGCAGGGCCAGCUGCGGCAGGAAGGAGGCGACCGACUCCCGUUUUCCAGAUGGUUCCAUCGCUGCAUGCGAACGGUGCUACUACCCAUGGGAUUGGGCGUGGAAGGAUAAGCACACUGACUGGCCGAAGUUCUGCGUGAAGCUUUCCCAAGACAAGAGCCUCGACGACCAGUUUGAGAAGUCCGCAGAGUGCGCCGAGGACGCACGCAACAAGGCCUUCGAGGAGGAGUCCGUCGACGUGGUCUCCAAGUGCGGCUUCAGGAUGGCCAACCACUACUGGGUUUGGAAGGAGGGCGCCUUCCGCUCCGCGUGCAAUAUUCCACCUGCCGUCGAGGUUUCUCAUCUCAACCUCAGCGUGUCCUCGAUCAAGUUCCCCAGUGGAGCUAAGGUGGAGGGCAUCGUGACUGUCAAUCCAGACAUGCCCUUCGUUGACGUGGACAGGAUCGACGAGCAUUACGUCGAGUCACGGACGAGGGCGCUCUCGACGGAUCGCCACGUUGUCAGGGAGCAGGCUCAACGCAUCUUCAAGCAGGAGCUGACAUAUCUGAAGAACAAGAUGCCGACUUGCAUUCGCGGCAGGUCUAUCCCCCCGACGGUGGAGUCGAUCACGAUGGAGGCCCAGGUGAAGCACGAGGGCAGCGGGAACAACGACGGGCACGUGCAUGGUGGGGGCGGCAGCUCAGCCGCAGCCGCGGAGCCCCGAGGGGGCCUCGUCCCGACCAGCGCCGAGCCCUUCGCCGCCCGCCCCGCCGAGGCGCUCAGGCUCUGGGGCGACGCCAGCCGACGCAGGGGCUCGCUCUCGAUCGCGGGGCUCCGUGCGGAGUCGCGUGACCGCGGCUCCGUCUGCGGUGGGUUCCCGCUGGGGUCCCCAGCCUCGGGCGACGACGUGGCACGCAUCGGGCAGUUGGAGGACGAGUGCGACAUCCCCAUGAUCCUGGACGGGGAGAAGCUAGGCGAUCGCGAGUACGCGCUUCGCCGUUUCAGCCCAAGGGUUCCCGACGCCAAGAGUCGGAAGCAGGUUCUCUCCGAGCUGAUCGAAGCAGCCUCGCAGAUGUCCACAUCGAACCUUCACAUGCUCAGAGACAGGCGCGAGAUGAAGCAGAUUAACCUCCAGAAGUUCAAGAAGGCCAAGGUUGAUUUCCAGAGGUGCCCGAAGUGGUGCUUCGCGUGGGUUGCCGAAGAGCUGAUGACGACGAUCACGGCGCCCGACAUCUGGGACAUGAUUGACCCUCACAUUGAUGGCGACCUCAUCUUCGAUCCUGCGGCCCCGAAGCUCGCGACAAUCUACGUCCCUGACUUCGAGACGCUCUUGUCUACGGCGAAGGACCACGCGCUGAACUACUUGCUCCUCCCGCUCGUCCAGGGUGGGAGCACCGCCCUGGAUGUCAUCCAAGAGUUGAGGGUGAUCCUCCGUGACAGGGUGAAGGACUCCAAUAACGUGAAGGACGGCGUGCUGGCGUUCUACAAGAGCAUUCAGGUUUGCAUCGUCAUACUUUCGGUUCUUUCUAGCCACGGCGUCGAGGCCAUCUCCGACAUCGAGGUGGACAUGGAGGAUUUCAGGAUGAUGUUGCACGGCGAGUUCAAGGAGUGGGCGUCGUUCUCCAGGGCCUUGGACGAUAGCGAGUACUGGAAGGCUGAGAAGAGCGAGUGGCGAAGGGCAGCACAAGGUGAUAUGGCGGAGAAGGACAACAUCGUAGCGAUGCAGGCGCGUUUGGACGACCCCGAGAAUAUUGACACCCAGACCUUCACUGACUGCGUGACCUCCCUGACCAAGUGGCUGAAGUGCUGCAGGAGCGGCACGGUGGUUCCAGUUCUCCAGGCGUACCUCAAGGCAAAUGAGGUGGCCCUCGACGCCGCUGCUUCAACUUCGAUGGGGGAGAAUGCCCAGAAACUCACCACAUACACUUCCAUGCUGCGGGACCUUGGGACACUCACCACAUUCUUCGAGAAGGGCGAGGGCGAUCCUAAAGUUGUCGAUCUCCUGGGGCAUCGAGUGAAGAACGUCUCCGAGAGGGUGGCCGAGCUUAUCGAGCGCGCGACGUCGGCGGCGUCUUCCGAUCAGGUCCUCCAGGCGCUGGCGAACUUCAGCGACUCGGGAGACAGAGACACUGCAGUUGAAGCCAUCAGAUCUUGCGUUGUAGCGCUGGGGCCCAUCAAGUUCAACGAUCCAGACCACGUCAACGUGAUUGCCGACGCCGUGGAGUCGAUUAUCAGCUUCUACGUGCAGCCGCUCAAAGUGGAUGACCAGACGCAAGUCUUGCAGUUCGACCUGGAGCAGCCUGUCGACCUGACGGAGCUCUGCUUGAAGGUGUGUGACUUGACGGACGCUUCGGAGCAAGCCGAACGUUUCGGUUCCAUUUCCAGGCGCCUCUCCAUGGUGUCAUCGGUGUGGGACGUGGUCAAGGCGUUCCAGGGUCUCAUGCGCUUGGGAACUCCUGCCGAGCAGGUCGCCCACGACAGCGGCUCCGCGUGCUACUACAACUUGCAGAGGGCCGUGAGCAACGCGGAGCGGUUCUGGGGUGGGACGGGCGCAGAGGACAGCAGUGUUGUGACAGGGGUCUUGACCGAAGGCCUCAUCAAAGCGAACUUCGAUGCCGCUCUCACUGUUGCACGGGCAUCGGCGACUGAUUACGAGAAGGCUGACAUUGCCGCAUGCUUCGAGGAUGUGAAUGCCAUCCACACCAGUCUAUGCGCGCUCGUGGGUUUCGGUGACACUGUGCGCGGGUGGAGAGCAGGCGUUGCAGAUGGCGCCGGCUGGGCCACGGUCGAAGCUCACGCUCGCAAGACCUUGUUCUCAACGAAGGGUCUUGCCAACAAGGUGAAGGCCCAGACGACCAACCUCGAGAAGGGCAUCGCGACCCUCGUGAGCACGACGGGCUCGUACAAGCAGCGCGGCCUCCAUGACGAAUGCACCUCAGAGUGGCCAGCUACCUUGAGGCUGGCGCACCUCACCCAGUUGGAGGCCGCUGCGAUUCAGGUGAUCAGGGCAACGCCUGGUCAGAGCAAGGAGGCGGCCAUCAUGGCCGUGCAGGGUGUGCUCGACUUACUUCCAGAGCACAAUGUGGCGACGACGAUGUUCCACGAUGCAGUGCAGACGGAGAUCAACAAGAUCCUCAGG